AUGCGUUUCUCAUUUGUAUUAUGUUCUAUUCUUGUUGGAAUUAUCUCAACUACACCAAUUCCACAGAAUACUGUAGCGGAUCCUGCUGUCCAAGAUCAAGCUCAAGCUCAAGCUCAAGAAACUGACGUGGUAGUUAUUACAACUGAUAAUGAUUCCACGGGUGAUGGUGUGACCAUAGAAUUUGAUCCUCAAGAAAUAACUGCAGAGGUUCAACCUGCUGCAGAAACUGAUCCUGAUCCAUCUGCGGUCUUUUCAGAAUUAUGGAAGUUACGUAGACCAAAUGAUGAUGAACAUGUAGAUGAUGCAAAAUAUGAAGCAUAUGAAGAGAAAACAGCUCAAGAACCUGAUCAACUUGGUCACUUUGACGAGUAA